UCUGACUUGCCUUGCAACCUGUCCUCUGAUACUCGUCUUUCAUCUUCACCAUUGGCAUUUUCGCUUGUGCAUCUAAACGUUUUUGGUUUUUGAGAAUGUUCUGAAGGAAUAUGCCUCUCCUUAGCAACAGAACACGGCUUCUGAACCUAAGCACCAAGGCUCAGAACCCACAGGGAGACUGUGGUUUCUUCUGCAGAGGCGUCCCAUCAACUGAAACCCAUGCAGAUGACCAGUGAUGGCCACAGAGCUGAACCUAACAGACAUUUCAAGAAAUGGAGAGGUAAAUGCAGAAUUAAGCCCAGCAGAGAGGAUUAUUCUCACCAUCUUCCUGGCUUUCAUCAUAAUCAUGACUGUCCUUGGUAACCUCCUUGUCAUGGUGGCACUCUGCAAAGACAGACAGCUGAGAAAAAAGAAGACAAACUAUUUCAUUGUGUCACUGGCAUUUGCUGAUCUCCUGGUGGCAGUGGUUGUCAUGCCCUUUGCUGCAAUAGAAUUAUCCAAGGGCUACUGGGAGUAUGGAGAAACCUUCUGCCUGGUCCGAACAUCGCUGGAUGUCAUGCUGACCACUGCAUCCAUACUGCACUUGUGUUGCAUUGCUCUAGACAGAUACUAUGCUAUUUGCUGUCAGCCAUUGGUGUACAGGAAUAAGAUGACCCCUCUGCGAGUAGCUCUUAUGCUGGGAGGCUGCUGGGUUAUUUCUUUCUUUAUCUCCUUCCUCCCAAUCAUGCAGAGCUGGAAUGCUAUUGGAAUUGAGAAAAUUAUAGAAGAAAGAAAGUUCAACAACUCCACAAAUGAGACCUACUGUGUCUUCUUGGUGAAUAGACCUUACGCUAUCAUCUGCUCUGCUGUGGCCUUCUACAUUCCCUUGGUCCUGAUGGUGCUGGCCUACCAGCGGAUAUACAUCACCGCCAUGGAACACGUGCGCCAGAUCGGGACCCUGCAGAGAGCCGGCUCCGCGCCUGAAGCGUACGACGGCUCCGACCACCAGGGCUCCAGCAGGAUGAAGAUCGAGACCAAAGCGGCAAAGACUCUGGCAGUCAUCAUGGGCUGCUUCUGCCUGUGCUGGGCCCCUUUCUUCAUCACCAACAUCAUCGACCCCUUCAUUGACUAUAGCGUGCCUUGGGAGCUGUGGACUGCCUGGCUGUGGCUGGGCUAUGUGAACUCAGGCCUGAACCCUUUCCUGUACGCCUUCCUCAACCGAGCUUUCCGACGUGCCUUUCUCAUGAUACUGUGCUGCGGCAACGAGCGCUACGUGCGUCCGGGAAGUUUUGGCCCCUCACGGCAUUACACCACAUCGGUCAAUGGGACAUCCAUCGCACUGAGAUUAGCAUUCCUUCCCAAUCGGAACCACAGUGACAACGGCAGACAGAUUCUCUCCAGUGAGCUGGAAUCUCAGGACUCCACCGGCUAAACCUAGAGUUUGAUGAAGGAAGAGAUGGCACAACACAUAUACACAUGAAUGUAUCUGUAGUGUCCUGACAUAAUACUGUAAUUUGGCCAUGCUUGGAUAUGCUUGUCUGUAAUCAAAGCUUUUCAGUCCGGUAUUCAAGAUGUCUGUGUAUAACAGGGAUCUCAGCCACCCAGACUGAAGGAGUUCUCCUUUAGCUCGGCGUCCUGUUGCGUGAUGCCGGAGACCCGGGUUCGCGCCCAGGAAGUGAGGGACGAACUGGCAGGGCAGGAGCACCAAGGGCGGAAACCACCAGAACCAUUACAUCUGGAAGGCAGCGAGCGAUCUUUCAUAAAGAAGAAUUGUUAUAUGAUGUUCAGAGAAUGGCAGAGGACGGCACAACUGGGUUCAAAUUCACUGGAAAAUUACUGCCUCUGUUGUGGUGAAGUGACCUGGAAAAGCCUAUAACAACAGCACCAUGAAGCAUGGACAUGCCUGCAUAUACCAUCAAAAGCUUCUAGCUCAAAUUAUAUUACCUGUACAAACAGAGAUGAGCCCCAAACAGACCAAUGUGACUUUCACUGCCUCUCUCUUCACUAAACUCUUGUCUAAGGGACAGGAGACAACUGAGUAUCAGUGUCUUGUACAGUACCUGAUGAGUCAGUUCUUCAUCAGUUUAUUUCUAUAGUCACAUCAGGUUUGGCACCUAACAGAGAUAUACGACUCCAGUGUCUGUAAAUGAGACUGAAGUACCAUGUUGGAUCUAUCAUGAAAUGGAUUACAGCCUGAUGUGUUGAAAACACAGGCAUGGAGUUUCUUGAGCAAGGGAAAAUGAGAAAUGAGAAAAAGAGGCUGAACAACAUCCUCGUUUGUGAUUUUUCCUAUUAUUUGACAUUCUUAACUCUUCUGGGCACAGUACCAUUCAAAUGAAGCAUCUCUAAAGGCCUUGUCAAAUAGGUAUACUAGGACUUGAUGCCUUUAUUCUUUUGAAGGAUGGCUCUUUAUUAAUCCACAAAUAAAAGCAUUCACCUUCUUCACCAAGUACCACAGCCUCCACACUGGCAUCAUCAAAUCAUGGACAAUUUGGAUCCUCAGCAGGGGGAAAUCACUCCCUGUCCUGCUACUGACAGAAAUACAGAAAAACUACAGUACAUAGACCUUCAGAAAUGUGGUGCAAUGUGUUAUACAGCUUUUCAUUGAUUUUAGUGUUUGUUGAAGUCAAACAGGAAUAAAGACUGUAAGAAUUGACUCAUCUGGUUAUGAAAAUAAAGACUGCCACUCCAA